CUGAAGUGGUGGUGGUGAUGGUGGUGAUGAUGAUGAUUAUGAUGAUGAAGAUGAUGAUGAUGAAUCAGUCUCCAGCCCCGAGCUUCACCAUCCGCUCCAUCCUGGGCACCGCGGCGGAGAGCACAAGGCAGGACGCCGGAAGCGGAGGUGCAGGUGCAGGUGGAGGUGCAGGUGCAGGUGGAUCGCGUGCAGCGGCGGCGGCGGCGGUGUCGGUGUCACAGAGGAGGCGCGCGCUCUCGGUGUCCUCGGACGGCUGCAGCGCUGAAGAGGAGGAGUGCAGCAGUGCUGAGUGUUUCUGCAAACUCCAACACACACUCGGCUCCAAAACGCGCCCGAAUGCCCCAGGAAACAAACCCUCGUCAGAAGGGAAUGAACACACGCUGAAGAGUAAGAAAGAUGAGCAGAGAACACCGAGUCCAUGCAGUGAGAAGCGCACUGACAGCAGCACUGAUGACAAAUCCAGCAGUGGAGACAUGGCGAAGAAGAAGACGCGCACGGUGUUCUCGCGCAGCCAGGUGUUCCAGCUGGAGUCAGCGUUCGACGCUAAGCGGUACCUGAGCAGCGCCGAGCGCGCGUGUCUGGCCUCCAGCCUGCACCUGAGUGAGACGCAGGUCAAGACCUGGUUCCAGAACCGGAGGAACAAGUGGAAACGGCAGCUGGCUGCAGAGCUAGAGGCCGCACACAUGGCUCACGCGGUUCCCUCUGCGGCCCGGACUCUAGUCGGAAUGCCACUGGCCGGAUUUGGCGUUCCAAUGCCGAGAUCUGCUGCUUUUCCCAUGUAUUAUCCCGGAAGUAAUGUUCCGGCAUUUCCUCUCUACAGUCUUUACAGUAACAUUGACUGCUGAGGUGGAAGUGCUGAUGGAUGCGCUGGUGAAGAGGGCGUGUCUGUGAGAGGGAUCAGUGGGUGUGUCUUUGUGAUGGAUCAGUGGGCUUGUCUGUAAGAGGGAUCAGUGGGUGUGUCUGAGAGAGGGAUCAGUGGGCGUGUCUGUAAAAGGGAUCAGUGUGUGUGUCUGUGAGAGGGAUCAGUGGGCGUGUCUGUGAGAGGGAUCAGUGGGCGUGUCUGUAAGAGGGAUCGAUGGGCGUGUCUUUGAUUAGUACAAAUCGGCAUGAUUGACAUGGGUUUAAUUGGGACACGUUUGAAUGAAAUGGGCGUGUCUGUGUGGGACAGAUGGGUGUGUUAGAAUCAGACAAUGGGGGCGUGUCUUUAUGCGCAUGUAUGAACUCAAAGGGACACAGAAAAGACACGCCCACAUACACUUUCAUCUACAAUGGUCUAAAACACGCCCACUACAUGGACUCAGUGACACACCUUCUCUGGUCUCAGAUCUGCAGACAGACAUAAUGGAAAAAUAGACACAAAAUCUAGAAUAUAACUUAACAGCUUUACUUAUAAAAGCAAUCCAAUCUUUAACUAUGUUCCUAAUAAUGGCUCUUUUCUGUCUCUGUAUUCAAUUUCUAAAAAGUUUGAGAGGCAUCUCACUCUCCACCCGUUCACUCCGAUCCAUGGGGUGAACAGCAUCAGUCAGAUGAGAUGAGUGUGAUGUGCUUGAAGUUUGUUUACCAAAGGAAAAGGUCGAUACUCCGGCCCUGUCCCUAAAGCUAAGCUUUACCUGAUAGUUGUUCAGUUGUGUUACUUUUAUCGGACGUCACUCUGGUUAUUAUUAUAACAGUAAUAAUAUUUCCUGCAGUUAUGUAUCCAGGAUGGAAUGAGGAAAUAUCUACACAAACUGUGUAAGAGAUGUAGGUUUAAUAGCUCAGUUUACACAUAAAUCAGGUUUAUGUUUUAUUUAAACAACUGGAAAUUUUGAAAUCUCAUACAGGAUCAUACAGAGCUGAAACCUGAAAUGUUGACAGAAUGUAAUCUACAGACAGCUGGUCUGUUUUUGUUCAGCUAUUGUUACCAUAACCUUAAUGUUCAAGUCAACCGGUAUCACUGAUACAUCUAAUACUUCUAUAAUUAUAUACAAGAAUGGUGAAAACACAACCGGACGUGACGUCAGCAUCGUGUUCUCUCUCCAGGAUGACCUUAACUCCAUGGCUCUUUAGAUUAAACAAGGAAAUUAACUGUAUAAAGCGAAAUAUGGUCUGUAUUACUAGCAUAAAUACAUUUCAGCUCCUUUUAUUUAUUCUCUCUACUCGAACUCAGCUGUGUCUCUGAUCACGUACACAUGACACACAAACAGAGCUAGUGCAGUAAAGACCUUUCUUAGUUUUUAUGUGCUUUAUUUUAUCCUUCAGUGUUUCUAUAUACUGACCAUUUAGAUUAGCACUUACAGUACUACAUUAGCACUUAGCCUUCCAGAUUCUACGUGAUCUGAGACACAGCCAUUGU